UUUUUAAAUAAAAGGCUAUCUUCUUCUGUGCUUCACUUCGCUUAGUAAAGCAUAUACAAAUCCACAGCGAGAGAGAGCAUAAAUCCCACGCUUACACGCCGGAAAUGGAGACAUCUGGGCCAGAAAACUUACCGACAGAUCGGAAAAGUUUGAUCGAUGAGCUCGUUAGUGGUCGAGAAUUUGCAAAUCAACUGAAACUUGCUCUUAAAGAUCAGUCCAUCAAUGGAGAUGCAGGAUCGGUUCCUGCAGAAGAUCUUGUUAUGAGGAUCGUUAAUUCUUUUACAAAUAGUCUUUCUAUAUUCAGUAGAGUUAUUGAUUCCGACGAGGUAUCGCAGUUUCCGGCCAGUACAUCCUUCGGUUCGCCUCUUUGGGACGGUUGCCGGAAGUCUGAGGAAUCUGAUGAGAGUACCAAGAGUACUUCUAGAAUGAAGGAAAGGAGAGGGUGCUACAAGAGAAGAAAGACUUCUCAUUCAUGGACAAGAGACACUCCUAACCUUGUAGACGAUGGCCAUGCAUGGAGAAAAUAUGGACAGAAAGUGAUCUUGAAGGCUAAAUAUCCAAGGAACUACUUUAGAUGCACUCACAAAUUCGAUCAGGGUUGCCAAGCAACAAAGCAAGUUCAAAGAAUUGCAGAAGAACCAUCUAGUUAUCGAACCACAUACUACGGUCACCAUACAUGCAACAACUUGCUUAGAGCUUCGCAACAUCUAAUCUUGGAUUCUCCUAACGCUGAUGAUUCUUCUAUAAUCUUAAGCUUCACAACAAAACAAGAAAACAAAAACAACAACAACAACAACAACCCGUUUUUCACACCCUUCGAGUCAUCAACAUCUAUAAAACAAGAGUCUAAGGACGACACAGUAGGAUUACCAGCAGAAGAUCACACCCAACCAACAUUGUCUCAUUAUCUGAUGUCUACUCAUGAUCAUCAUCAAGCGGGUGAUGUGAUUUCUGGGGUCAACUCAUCUUCUACUAUUAGUGAUACUAGUUGUGAAUUCGGUUUGGACAUGGAUAUGAUAGUAAAUUCUGUUGGUGGUGACUUUGAUGAAGAAGACAUUUUAAAAUCAUUUGGUUAUUUCGAUUCCUAACUGUGGAUUUUGGGUAUAGUGAGCUUUUUGGUUUUGUAAUUUUCAAGUAGAAAUAGUUUUCCCUGUUUUGCUUAGUUAAUUUAGGUAAGGAGAUGAGCGGAGUAUUAAUGUAAACUCACUUUAAAAUUAAAACCCAUGUGUAAGAUAUGGAAAUUUUUAUAUGUUGAGAGCUGUUCUGUUUUGUACGUUGUCUGUAAAUUUAAUAAGUUGAUCAGUACAUUAAUUACUUCUUACAA